AUUUCGUCUGCUGCAGUGCACGAAAUGAAUAAUUUCAAGCAAGUGAAGGAACAGUAUAGUGAAAAAUUUAAGGGUUUUGCCUCAUAUACCGAAUGUAUGACCAGAGCUCUGUUUACCGGCCUGUCAUCAUUUGCACUGACCUUCUCUGCUUUAUAUUUUACUCAAGUGCUUUUGAAAUCCCGACUACCAUAUCAGCAUAAAUACUUUUUGGUGCUGCCUUCCAUUGUCAGUUCUGCUACAGCUUGGACUGUGACAUCUCGAAGGACUAAAGUAUGUCAAGAUAUUUGGGUAUCGUCUGAGCCACAUUAUACAGAGUAUAGGGAGCAGGAAACAAUCCAUAAAGCCUGAGUCUUUUAGUGCGAGAUAUUUCAGUCAAUCAAUAAGUAAUUAUUAUUGUUAUUUAAAGUAGUAAUUUAUUUUUAAAAACUAAAGCCAAGUAAUAAAUAAGAAAAAUUAGCUCCUCAUUUAAAUAUUUCAAAAAAUAUCAUACAUUCUUUUUUUCUGUAUGCUGAAGCCUGGAAAAGAAUAUUUUGUAGUAUCUAGAAGUCUCAUUUGGUGUAUUACAAUUAUAGGUUCUAGACCUGAAUAUAUACAUGUUAGACCAUAAAACAUUAAAAUGGUUUGACAUUAAAAGGCUUUUUUCAGAAUCUUGCAAAAAUCUUUAUACAAUUAUUUAAUCUUAUGAGGCAUUUAUUGUCACCAUAACAUGCCCAAUGUUUCCAUCAGAAGAUACGUAAGAUCUAUAAUUUAUCUUUGCUGUGAGCACUCUCUAGAAUGUACCCUUUUAACAUGAAAUAAGAUCUUUAAUUAUUCUUUUGUUUUAUAAUUGUUUUGUUCGAUAAUGUGAGUGGUGUCAAAGCAAUAGAUACACACCUUAGUAAUUUAAGUUUUUUUUCUAAAACAUGUUUAAUUUGUAAUAUGUAUUUUAAACUAUUUUAUUUAUAUUUUUAUAGCACUAAAGCCUGAAUUAUAUCCAAAUAGUAAACAACUUGUAAUUUUUAUGAACAUUUUCAGAAUUAUUAAGGGUAAAAAAGUUAUCUUUAAUUCUAUAUGUUAGACACUUCAGGAUAAAAUCAUUUGGUUUAAGUAUUCGGAAGAUAAUUGAGUGCAAUUUUUUUUAAUAUUUGGAGGAAAGUCACUAAUUAUCUAGUUAUUAGAGAUAGCAUAUUAUGCCUAGCUUUGUAAAGUUUGCAAUUUAAAAUAUCUUCUUUUGGAAGAGUUUUUCAUUUAUAUUUAAAAGCUUGUUCUAUUUUAAGUAUUUAUACUAUAUUAAAAGAUAUUUUUAAAUCGGAGUAAAUUUUAAAUUUGUUUAGCUUAGAUGAACAGGAUGAAUGUGCACUGAUGGGCAAUUAAUUAAAUGACAUAUAGAUGAAUGACGACAGAAAUUUAAAGUAUUUUAAAAAUAUUUUUGAUAAUUAAUAUUGCAUGAUAGUAUAAGUUUAUGCACUUUAUGAAGAUGUUGCCAUGCUUUUAUGAAAUAUGUUAAUGCAAGUGAUUUUGAUGCUUAACCCAUUAACCGCCAAAACUAUAAGAAAUGGUUCUUUUCUCAUGAAAAUAAUAACAAAUAUUAAAUUAAGCAUUUAUAACAUCAAUUUACAUUGAAAAUUUAAAAAAAUGCUCUUACCUGUGUAAAAAGCGAGUGUUGCGUUCGUGCAACGUCAGUGGAAUAAGACUACGGAUGUUUAGUGCAUAGGAUUGUACUCGUGCGAUGUUUCCUUUGAGUGGAGCACUGGAUUAUAGCUGUGUAAGGUUUUAUAAAUCUACAAAUUACUUUACUUGUAAUUAAUUUAAUAUUAAAAUAUACAUUAUAUUUCUUUUACAAAUACAGAUUAUUUCAAUUGAAAGAUUCAAGCAUGAAAAGCUUCACUACAAACACGAUGUAAACCUACAUUACAUACUCUGCAUCUAUAAACUAUCUGGCUAUGGCACUCUUUACUACGAAGUCUUUUGUUAUUGUCGGAUUUUACAACAAAAUGUCUACCAUCUCCAUGCAAUGGUUUUGAAUGCUGAAUUUACUAGGUCUUCCUAUUGCUGAUCUAUUUCUGGCUAAUUCGACACUCUCAAUAAUAGUUUGCAAAAGGAAUAAUGCAAUCUAGCGCCUGAAAUCUAAAAGAGACUUUUUAUGUCCAGCAGUAGAAAGUUGUGAUAUUUAAUAAGUUUAGAUACGGUCUCACCUUAUGUAAUUUAUCAGUAUUGUCAAUUUGAUUAUUGUCAGCUAAAGGCAAAUUCUGCUUCAUAUUCCUGUACUGCAAACAUGAUAUCGAU